AUGGACAGCCUCCCUAAUCCUGAGCCAGUCUUGAAAUCUGAAGCGCUGCGGCUGCUGGUUCCGCGAGGCCGCCUCCUCCCGCCGCGCAGGGGCCUCCGCCUCUCCGCACCCGCCGCCAUCCAGGUGACGGUGCGGGACGCGCUGAACCAGGCGCUGGACGAGGAGCUGGAGCGGGAUGAGCGCGUCUUCCUGCUGGGCGAGGAGGUGGCCCAGUACGACGGUGCCUAUAAGAUCUCCAGGGGGCUGUGGAAGAAAUACGGGGACAAGAGGAUCAUCGACACCCCCAUCUCUGAGAUGGGCUUCACGGGAAUCGCCGUCGGUGCCGCGAUGGCGGGCUUGAGGCCGGUGUGUGAAUUCAUGACGUUUAACUUCUCCAUGCAAGCGAUCGACCAGGUAAUCAACUCUGCCGCCAAGACCUGCUACAUGUCUGCAGGAGCCAUCCCCGUCCCCAUUGUCUUCCGCGGCCCCAACGGCGCUUCUGCUGGCGUCGCUGCUCAGCACUCGCAGUGCUUCGCUGCCUGGUACGGGCACUGCCCCGGGCUGAAAGUCGUCAGUCCUUGGAGCUCAGAAGAUGCUAAAGGGUUGCUGAAGGCGUCGAUCCGGGACGACAAUCCAGUUGUGAUGCUGGAAAAUGAAUUGCUGUAUGGUGUUCCCUUUGAGAUGUCUGAACAGGCACAGUCAAAGGACUUUGUUGUUCCAAUUGGAAAGGCCAAAAUAGAAAGGGAAGGAACUCAUGUUACAUUAGUGGCACACUCUAGGCCUGUUGGGCACUGUUUGGAAGCAGCUUCUAUCCUGGCCAAAGAAGGUGUUGAGUGUGAGGUUAUAAAUCUGCGUACCAUUAGGCCAAUGGAUAUUGAAACGGUGGAAGCCAGUGUUGCAAAGACAAACCAUCUUGUAACUGUAGAAGGAGGUUGGCCACAGUUUGGAGUAGGAGCUGAAAUCUGCGCCAGGAUCAUGGAAGGAUCUGCCUUCAACUACUUGGAUGCUCCAGCUGUGCGUGUUACAGGUGCAGAUGUUCCUAUGCCUUACGCAAAAAUUUUAGAAGAUAACUGCAUACCUCAAGUGAAGGAUAUAAUAUUUGCAGUGAAGAAAACUUUGAAUAUCUGAGUUGUAAAUAUGUUUUAAAGUCCUGCUUUAAAAAGUAUUAAUGGUAUAGGGCAACUUGUAUGCAUAACUUUGUUGUAUAGCUACAUAAACUUUUGUACAGUAAAGUACAGCGAUCUCACAGAGUAUUUAUAUGGCUGCAAUGGGGUCUAGUGGGGUUUCCCUCUAAUCAAUUUCAUUUAAGUAACCAUGUGGUAACGCUCAUCUGUAAGUUAGCUUGUACUUCAGGUGGGUUAGGAUCUCUCCUUAUGCUCUAAAUUCAGAGGGAAGAAGAGGUCUUCAAUUUCUGCUUGUCCUGCAAUGAUCAGACUAGCUGUGCUAAACUGACAGUGAUGGUGGUUGAGUGCAGAAUGGUAGUGAGUAACGAGGGCCAUCCUGAGUCUAGUCCUAGGAUGCUGCACAGCUCUCCAGGAGCCUAUGUUUGCAAGGCUUACUAAAGGCAAAUGAUAAAACCAGAGCUGAGUGAAGCCUUGCUUUUUAAUUCAGCAGUUUAACAAAUACCUGUAUAAAAUGGCUUUGGAAGCCUGUAGCAUGGGUUAAGAGGUGGCUCAUGUGCUUUCUUCAAAGAGUGCUCUGGUCAUACAGGAAAGCUACACAAGAGCUUAAUUAAAGAUCCUGAUCCUCUUCAGUGUGUGGUGGGAAAUAAUACCUAUUUAUUCUUUAUUAACUGUCACGUGCAUUUUCUAUGUCAGCUGUCAUUUACAGUGAUAAAGAAAACUUGCUCAGAUGUUUUGUUUUGUUUUUAUGUAUGGUUUUGUGCCCUUUUUGUUUGCUUGCUUGUUUUUUUAAACUAAACAACAGUAUGCACAAACUAUAGUUCUUACAGGCAAAAAAGAAUAAAAGUUACUUUUUUCAGACCUGGGUAAAGUAAUAAACUAUUCAAAAGCA